AAAGGUGUUGCAGGACUUACACAAUGCGAGGUCAAUGUGCUCGCUCAUGCAUUGAAGGCAAAGACAAUCCGUGUUGUCAAAGUAACAAAUGCUACCAAAGGUAUGUGCCAAUAUUUUUGUGGGAUUGCUUUAGCUCAUAAUGACUUGACAGCUGCUAUCAUAGCCUCCAAAGAGCCUGUCAUCAUUGGCAAGGCACCUCCUGUAGGCUCUCCCUUUCCAAACGCAAGGUGGAUGUUUGUCAACGGAACUUUUGAUUAUAAUGGCCCUCCACGCCUUCAAUCCAGCUCUGCUGCAACCAGGAAGAAGAAGCCAAAGGUCGCCUCAUCAUCUCGCACCCAGGAUGAUGAUGGAGAUGUCGCAUCCAUGGACUCCACGACUACCAUACGUCCCAAAUCCAAUUUACAUCUCGAUGUAGUUGUACCUCCAUCACAUCCCUUCAAGCUUGCGAAGUGCCCCCCUACCAAACCAGUGCCAACUCCAAUACAGGUCUUAUCCAGUCCAGAUGGUGUCAACAAGCCUGGUGCUGACCAUCCCCUCGACAUUUCUGAUGGCAAAUCCCCCAGCAAGGACGAUGCGGACCACAAUGAUUCAUCACGCUCACGCAAGCAGAAGUUGCAGGCUAAAGGUGGUAUAUGA